AUGGCGCGUGCGUGUUGUGGAUCGGGACCGCAGUCUCAGUCCCUUCUUCCAUCCGGCUGCCCUUCAGACGAGGUGGCAAGCGAUGCUUGUACGCGACAGGAUGGCGCUGCCGGGGAGGGGGAAGGGGACAAUGGCAAUGCUGCUGACAACUGUUGCACUGGCGGCACCGCUACUGUUGCAGAAGCUGAUGAGUGUUGCACCGCUAACCCAAGAUCCACCAAUUCUUGCCAGGACGGCUGCUGCUCGGCCGCACCCGGUGCUUGUGUCUUGACGCACAGUGACGAGGGUGAAACCAUUGCCGAACCGUCGAUUCCGCCCGGCAAGAAAAACUGCUGCGACGCUGGCUGUGGUCCCAGCUCCGUCCCGGAUUCUGUCCCCGACGAUGCAAAGGUUGCGGACUGCUGCCGUGGCAAACCAUCCCCCUGCUGUGACGAUUCCUGCCUCGACCGUCUGGCCUUUCGCCAAUGCCAGUCGGCUUCGGCAAGGACAUGCGUUGGAGGCAGCAAGUCUUCCUCAUCCCGACGGACAUCGCCUUCUGCUGCGUGCGAAGACCAUCGUCGUACCGCUAGAGAGCGAUAUGGCGCCACCCUCGAGACCCUUGGAUGCAUUUGCCGUGCACUCAUUGCUCUCGGACAGGAGUCGUGCUGCGAGAUGCGCAAAUCGUCUGUGGAAAGGAAGAACAACCCUGGCUCUGUUCGCUCCCGCAGGUCCGCUGGCUCGAGCAGUGCCACGGGUGUGUGUACUACGCCAUCUUCUGCCGCCACUAGGACUCGCCGACAGAAAGCUUCCGAUCCGGUUGUUGUCGGUACUACGGGAGGUUCAGACAAGAAAGGCUGCUGCCGAGGUCCCGCUUACGAAAGGCCCGACGCCGUCUCGUCCCAACCUGACUGUCCAGCUGCUUGCUGCUCCUCGAAGCUGCCCAAGUCUGUUGAGAUAUCGACGCUUCAUCCCAUUGCCGGCAAGCAGAAUGAUCUUGAAAACAAGGUCGACGACGUCGAGCAUGUUGUUCUUUGUGUCUCUGGCAUGACCUGCACCGGCUGCGAAACCAAGCUCAACCGGACGCUUGCGACAUUGGCGGGCAUCGGCAACCUCAAAACCAGCCUGAUUCUCUCGCGAGCAGAGUUCGAUGUGGAUCUCAAUCUUUCUUCCGUGAGCGAUGUUCUUAAGCAUCUGGAACGCACUACCGAGUUCAAAUGCGAAAGGCUUGCCGCCCAAGGCACAAGCGUUGACGUUGUCGUCGUCGGAAACAUGUCGGCAUUUGUCUCCGGCAGUUGGCCACUUGGUGUUCUGGACAUAUCCCCUCUCAGCAAUGACACUGCGCGAGUCGGCUUCGACCCAAAGCUCGUCGGAGCUCGAGAUCUUAUGGAGGAACAUUGGCGCCAUAUCGCAUCGCUUGCCCCCAUCCGCGGCGACCCAGGGCUCGAGGCCGGAGGCAGACACGUCCGAAAUAUCGGGUACAUGACCCUUUUGUCCAUCAUUCUUACCAUCCCGGUCCUUGUCAUGGCCUGGGCCCCGAUCCAUGAUCGCGAGAUCGCAUACAGCUCUGCGUCGCUAGCCCUGGCAACCAUCGUUCAGGUCGUCGUCGCCGGGCCGUUCUACCCCAAGGCUCUUAAGGCUCUCGUUUUUUCUCGCGUCGUUGAAAUGGACCUCCUGAUCGUGCUGAGCACGAGCGCCGCGUAUUUCUUUUCCGUCGUCUCCUUUGCCUACCUAUUGGCUGGAAACCAACUUUCCAACGGCCAAUUUUUCGAAACGAGCACUCUCCUCGUCACUCUCAUCAUGGUCGGGAGGUUCCUUGCGGCUCUCUCCCGUCAGAAGGCUGUCGAGUCCAUCUCUUUCCAGUCCCUCCAGUCAGCGACUGCGAUCCUCAUGGAAAACUCUCUCGAGGACGCAGGCUCCCGAGAGAUUGAUGUCCGACUGUUUCAGUAUGGCGACAUCUUCAAGGUGCUCCCGGACACCAGGAUUCCAACAGAUGGAACGGUCUUGUCGGGGUCUUCGGAAGUGAACGAGUCCAUGUUAACCGGAGAGUCGAUGCCGGUCGAGAAGCAAGCCGGUUCCCCCGUCAUCGCAGGUACUCUGAACGGCUCCGGGAUACUGACGGUCAGAAUUACCCGCCUCCCGGGUGAGAACACGGUGAUGGCCAUUGCAGCCAUGGUUGACGAAGCAAAGUUGUCCAAGCCCAAGAUGCAGGAGCUCGCGGACAAGGUUGCAUCCGUCUUCGUCCCCGUCGUCGUCGCCCUGACCUUUAUCACAUUUGCUAUCUGGCUCGCCGUCGGAAUCGCCGUUCGCGGAUACACGAGCUCUCGGGCCGCCGUGGACGCAAUCACAUACGCCAUCACCGUUCUUAUUGUCUCGUGCCCCUGUGCAAUCGGACUCGCCGUACCGAUGGUCGUCGUCAUUGCAAGUGGCGUCGCUGCGGAGCGAGGUGUCAUCUUCAAGUCGGCAAGUGCAAUUGAAGUCGCCUACAGGACUUCUGACCUGGUCUUUGACAAAACGGGUACCUUGACGAAGGGAAAGCUGGCAGUAGUCUUCGAGCACUGUUCUGCCGACCAGGAAGUUGUCUUACCCUUGCUAUUGGGCUUGAUCCAAGACAGCUUGCAUCCCGUUUCUCUCGCCGUGGCAAGCCAUUUGAUCGAGAUGGGGAUCGAUGCUGCAGUUGUGCCUGGAGCUAAAAGCUUGACAGGGCGAGGCAUGAAGGCUUGCAUCUCCGGUCAAUCGCUUCGGGCCGGAAACUCUGCUUGGCUAGGAAUGUCCUCCGAUCCCGUCGUCCAGUCGGCACUGGCACAAGGCUUCACAACAUUCUGCUUCACAAUUGACGGCGCGCUGGCUGCCGUCUUUGGACUCGAGGACGAGCUACGGGGCGAUGCCGUCGAGGUAGUCGCACAACUCCAAGAUCGGGGCGUGUUCGUCCAUUUGGUCUCGGGUGAUGACGACGGUGCCGUCCAAAGCGUCGCGAGAAAACUAGCGAUUCCUACAGGCAACGUCCUCUCACGCAGUACCCCGGCCAGCAAGCAAGCUUAUGUCGAAAGGCUACUGAGCGCCUCGCCGGCAAAGAAAGCAGUCGUAAUGUUUUGCGGCGACGGCACAAACGACGCUGUAGCUCUCGCUCAAGCAACCGUAGGGGUCCACAUCAACCAAGGCAGCGACAUUGCGCAGUCCGCAGCAGACGUCGUUCUCAUGCGCCCCGAUCUGUCCGGCAUUCUUACAAUACUCAACGCCAGCAAGAAGUCUGUUCAUCGCAUCAAGUUCAACUUUGCGUGGAGCUUCGUCUACAACACUGUCGCGGUACUAUUCGCGGCCGGGGCCUUUGUCAACGUGAGGCUUCCGCCAGAGUUUGCUGGACUGGGGGAGCUGGUGAGCGUUCUGCCCGUUAUCGCCGCUGCAGUCCUGUUGCGCUGGGCCAAGAUUUAA